GUCGUAUUCUAUUAUUUAUAUUAUUUUCUUUCCACGUGACUUUACCGAAAGAACCAAAGAGCCUUCGUUUAAUACAGUAUCACGCACGGGCCCUAUGUUAUCCAUUGCAGUCUGCGCUUAUUCAACGGAGGAGGAGGAAUAGCAAAGCUACACGAACUCUCUCCCGAAGCCCGCUAGUCGUGGCCAGCAGCAGAUCUCCACGUGGGCAGGCUCCUCAGCAACGAUUGCUGCUCUUGCUGCUGCUGCCGCCUUCGCACGCAACAUGAGGAUCGAGUCGCGUGCGUUCCUCUAAGCGCGCUGCGUUCGAUGCAGAUCUCCAAAGAGCCGCCUUGGAUACAACAAAAAGAGAACCGUAGGUAAAAAUAAACACAUCUCUGGCCGGAUGUGGGGGGAGGAGGAGGAGGGUCUCAUAUAGAGGGCGCGACUUCCCUGGACUCGCCAGGAGACCGAAUGUCCACUCCCCCGUUACGCGGAGUUACCCCGCUGCGAGUAUGCGCUAUUUACAGCAGCGCGAGCGAUGUUAAUAGAUGCAUCGCCAGCUUAGCCUGAUGCGUAUUCGUACGUAUGGCGUGUAUGACCACAAGAACAAUAUUAUAAUACUACCUCUAUUGCAAUCGGGUAAAACAAAAAUUCGAAUUUAACACGGAAACAAAUUUUACAAAACAGGCAAAUAAGACGAUAACAAUAUAACGAGGACUUACGAUGAAAAUCAUUGUCGCGCUCAACCACGUGCCUGCCCUGCUCGCCUUCACGUUGGUGUCGUUAACUCUUCUCAUACUCACCUACAACAUCCUCGUCGACCCCACGCCCCACCAAGCUCACCCCAAACUCCGGGCUAUCCUGCUGCGCACACGUGCUGAUCAGGGUCACCCGUCACAAGCAGAGUCAGAGCUUCCGUGGUUGGACGGCACGGGAAGAGGGGAUCCGAACACUGCCUUUUUGGGGACUAAGUUCCACCAGAAGCAGCAGCAGCAGCGACACGAGCAGCAGCAUCAGCAGCAGCAUCAGCAGCUCUUCCCCAGGCUUUGGGACGAGAGCUCAAUGAAUGGCGCUCCGAGCUGGGACGGCCGCUCCGCUCAGUGCUUGCCCAAUGCGACCGUCGCUCACGCCGUGGAGGGCUUCGCCUCGCUGUCUCAGGCCGUGCAAGAUUUCCUCACUCACCGCCACUGCCGCAGCUUCGGGCUCAUCCUGCAGCCGGACGGCAGCAAGUGCGAUUCACGUCCGAACGUCACUCUGCUGCUCGCCAUCAAGAGCGACGCGCGCAACUUGGAGCGCCGCGACGUGAUCAGGAGGACGUGGGGCCGCGAGGGGAACGCGCGUGGCCACCCGGUGCGCCGCGUGUUCCUCGUGGGGGUGCCGAGCGGGGAGACCCCCGAGAGGCGCGUGCACCUGAACGCCCUCCUGCAGGAGGAGAGCCGCGAGCACGGCGACAUCGUGCAGUGGAACUUCCUGGACACCUUCUUCAACCUGACGCUCAAGCAGCUGCUCUUCCUCGACUGGCUGCACGAGCGCUGCGCGGGCGCGCGCUACGUCUUGGACGGCGACGACGACGUCUUCGUCAACACGCCCAACCUUCUGGAGCGCAUCGCGGCCGAGGAGCGGGCGGGCCGGGGCGACGGGCACCUCUACGAGGGCUACGUCAUCUCCAACGUGGGCCCCAUCCGCGCGCCCAGCAGCAAGUACUUCGUGCCCGUGCAGGUGCACGCCGGAGAGUCGUACCCGCCCUACGUGGGCGGCGGGGGCAUCCUCAUGGCCGGGCGCACGGCCCUCGACAUCCGCCGCGUCGCCGGGCAGCUCGCCGUGCUGCCCAUCGACGACGUCUUCCUGGGGCAGUGCCUGGCGGCCCUGGGGCUCGCGCCCACGAGGCACCCGGCGUUCCGCACGGCGGGGAUCUCGCUGCCCGCGCCGAAGCGCGCGGCGCUGGUGUCCUCCUUCCACCCGUGCUACUACAGGGAGGUGAUUCUGGUGCACAGAGUGGAGCCCUUCCAGACGCUCAUCAUGUGGGCCGCGCUGCGCGACCCGCACCUGCGAUGCGGGAGACCUUGAGGCCAUCGGUGACGGCAGGAGGGGAAAGACGCGUGGAGGCAGAGGGCUGCUCAGCGUGCGCGUUGAGAGGACGGAGCUGCGAUUGACGCUACUCGGGUCGUGUGGUGAUACAUGAGCGUCCCUUUGCAUUGAAAGCACAUUGUAAUUAUGAUUAUUCAAUAAUGCCAAUUAUCUUAUUAUUACUGGUAUUGCCGAUGUGAUAGUGCCAGCGAAGGGAUAGAAUUCGUCACUGAGGACUCUGUAACAGUUGCGAUAAUUAAAUGUUGCAAAUGAUGAUACCGAUUAAUGAUUAUUGCCGAUGGUUAAUGAGUAGUGACAGUAGCAGUCAUGAAAUGGUACGCAUUCAAAGGAGAUGGAGCGAUCGAUCAAUUAAGCUCGUGUGCGUAUGAACGUGGCUCUAAGCAUGAGUUGUUGAUGAUGUAAAUCUGGUUAAACGUUGACUUAAAACUUUCGUGACUGCAAUAAUUCAUAUUCUUUGGUUCUUUCGGUCAAGUCACGGAGAUCGAAAAAAUUUAAGGAAAAUAAAUAAAUAAAAAUAUAUAAACUACGACGUUUCGAUCACAACACAAGCGAUCGUCAUCCUGCUAAUUUUUUUAAUUAAAUUUACUUUUAUUUUUUUUUAUCUACGUGACUUUACCGAAAGAACCAAAGAAUAUGUAAAUCUGGUUGUUCCAUAUGUCUAUAUACAGAUUAUAUGUUAAUUUAAUCAACAGUUUUCCAGCAUAUUAAAAAGAAAAUGUUUCCGCGUAAUCUGUCGCUGUAAAGAAUAUACUUGAUACAACUUGUUGGAUUAAAGGGGAGUUCGAUAGAAGAAGCAGAUAGUAAUACAUCCUCGCUCAUUAUUCUUGAUAGCGGCGCUGACAUUGUUAAAACAGUCGAUUGGAACCUGUUUUUGUGUUAUGAGGUACACAUCUUGAGCCUAAAAAUUAAGACACUUGUGCAGGUUGUGCCGAUGAGAAUCGUACCCAACAGCACUCGGUACAAAAGAAAAACAUAUCGGGGAGAGACAUAAACUCACGCCCAGACCAUGCCUUGCACGAGUGAUGCGUAUUAGAGUUACAGUAUGUCUAAGUCAGAUAUGUUUCAACUGUAACGUUGUCUCCUUUGAAAUUAUUCUCCAUACGAUGUUCCCAAAGCCAUUUUCGUCGUUGUGUUGUUGUUGUAAUGUGUGUUAAAUCUGCACACAAUUUGUGCAUUUAUUUCGUAAAUAUGAUUAUAAAUACACAUGUAUUUAUUUUUAAGAAUAUAAAUAGUUUUGAAGUCGACUGUUUUGAAGCUAUUCACUUUUUUUUACUCAAGUCUUAAUAAUAAUAUAUUUUCAAAAAUGGGAACUUUCAGCCUGUUGACUGUCUCACUCCCGCACGGUGAAUACUGCCCCCAUGCGAUGUUGGGUUAGGGUUGGAAAGAGGGGGGGGGGGGUAAUUCGGCCAUACUUCACCACGGCGGUCAACCAAGCUGCAUGCAGCGCGUACAAAAUAGUUUGACAGGAAUCAUGACGGGCACCGCGAGACCCCAGCGUGUCCGUCCAGUGGCUUCCGUUUGCCGAACGAGAGCUCGUUAUGUCACUCCGUCACACACAAAGUGCCUGCCACAAACGAACCACACCACGUCGCCGAUGUCGUCAAGGAGCAGAGACCAUCAUCGCGGGAACUCCGGUCAUGCUCACAGCAGCAGCAGCGGCGGAUUUUGGCUGCUGCCAUCGAACAAAGACGGCGGUCACCGCGUCGCGCGCUUUCAGAUGCGCUUCUGCGGCCGUCUGGAACGCUCUCCCUUCCGAGAGCUAUGCAC